UUUUACAAACACCUUCACUUAAUCUAAUUUUAUACCUAAAGGUAUGCGUCCAUCCAGCAUUAUGACCUUUGAACCAGGUUUGGAGCAUGGAGUCCCAUGGGGCCGUGACCUUUUCACUUUCGUGACCUCAGCAGCUGGUCACAUGAUGAGGACUUUGCAAAGGCCGCGCAAAAACAAGCCAUCGAAACGUCAAGUCAAUCAUCGCAGGUUUCUGCACAACAUGAUACACAGGAAAUUUGCUGAAAUAGAAGCAGCCAACCAUCAGCUGGCUUCUGCUAUUUUCUCAACGGACAAAUCCCAAAGUGUUAUAAGAGCCAAACCAUCUCACAAUGUGACCGAUGACGUAACAGACCAAUCAGACGAACGUUCAGAAAAAGGUAAAAUGCUUACAACUUGAUUUAAGUGCUUAUGUUUGUUGAGUCUAUUGAUGAUUACUUUGGGUUUCUGCAGAAAUUGACAAGUCUAUAAAUGCAGAUAAAACUGAAGCGCUUGUUGAACAACAAGAGGAUGAUGUGUGUGACCUCUGGACACUGGACAAUCUUAUGGAGACACAAGUGGCAGAUAGAGGUUUCUUACAGUGGAAGCCACUAAAUAACAGAGCAACCAAGUCUGAAAAGGUUUUGAAUCAAAUGGGAAUCAACCCUGAAAGCUCAAUGGGAAAUCACACAGAGUUAAGCUUUGAAAGGCAACAAGUCUCGACUGAUUUAGAAAGCUUGACACAAAUGACCAGCAGUCUUCUGGAGGACAGCGUGUCCAAUUGGUUCGAAAGUAUUGAAAGAAUGAGAACAAAUUCAAAACCAUUCAUCGCUAAAUGCUCUGAGCAAACCGGGAAUGACAUCCCAGACCUUUCUCCACCUUCUCCAGUGAUUUCACUGUUGUCGUUGGAUUCAUGUGAUCUGGAGAUCCAAAUGCUUAUCGAUGCUGACCAAACACAAGAUGGUCCCGUUGCAGAGAGUCUACAGAUGGAAAUGAUCGACAGCUUUGACUUACUGUAUUGUUCUGACAAUCAGGAAGAUCAGCAUUGCAUACAGAAUAACAGCUCUCUAAAUGCACCAUAUGAUACGGAAAACCUCACACGUUCUGCUGGUGGUUCUAGCACCCAAGAGUUUGAAUAUGACUCACAGAUAAUGACAAUGUUAGGAAACUCCGUGCCAAAUUUAGACCAGAAAAGUCAAGAAUUGAGUCUCAAUCAAGAUAGACUUCAAAGCCCGGUAAGCUAUUCAAUGAGUCAAAAUAACAUCCCAGAAGAUCACUAUAGGCAGCUUACACCGUGCAUGAUGACAAACAGAAAGGAGUCUGGCUACUUAGAAUCAACUUUGUCCGUCAGCAACCAAACAGUAUUGAAUUGUGUUGGUUCAAGCCACCAUACUUUCCCAGAGAUGGACUGUCAAUCAAAACAGAUUCCAUUCGACAACUGGGAACAGCGGUCUGGAGUGAGCACAUAUAAAAAUUAUUCACAAGGUCUAGAAACACCUCAGCAUCUUAUGUUGCAUGACACAAAUAUAAGAAAUGUAGAGAAAAACAUCAUAGAGAAUGACAGCAGGAUCGGGUCUUCAGGUUUUCAGUGCUCAAUAAUGGAUCGCUCUUGCUUUGAAGGCUUGAGUUAUGAUAAAAGAGAAUCCUGUUCUUACUCUAAAUUUAGAGCCAAUCAGAGCACUCAUAACUUUGAAGGCGUGGCUCGGUCGUUCCCUGCUAAAGUACACAAGACCCACCCAAAUCCAAUUCCAACUCCGCCUCUAGAUGAUGAUUGGUUGUUUAGUAAUAUAAUGGCAUGAAUAAUAAAUCUGGACAGGGAUUAAAUCACAUUUUUGACCCUGGACCCAAAACCAGUCAUAAGUAGCACAGGUGUAUUUGUAGCAAUGCCAAAAAUUAUUAGGAUAUUAAGUAAAGACCAUGUUGCUAGCAUAAAUAUAUCAAAAAUGUAUUUAUCAUUAGUAAUAUGUGUUGCUAAGGACUUCAUUUGGACAACUUUAAAGGUGAUUUUCCAGCCUGAUCUCACGAGAAUUCGUACAUAUUUUACAAGUUGGCUAAUUCGUAUGAAUUCAUACGAAGUUAAUCGUGCAAAAACGUACGAUUCUCAUGAAAAAA